UUUUGUAAUUUUUGAGAUUAUUAAUUAAUGGUAAUAGAAUGUAUUUUUACUCCGGCUGGAUGGUAAUGACAACAGUGACCACGCAGGCAAUUGAUGUCACAUUGAUAAUGGGUGAAGUGAAUAAAGCUGAGCAAAUGCUCUUUCCUCCAAAAAAUGAGUACGUACUCCAGUUUCAUGUGAAUAAAAAGAACUUGCUCAGUGGAGGCUCGGAGCACUUUCUCAUGUUGACGACUAGACAAUUGACUUGAAGUAUCUACUCACCUUUUUAGGUGAAUAAAACUAGGCACUUGCUCCAAAAUGUGAGCAGGUACUCCAGAAAUUACCGAUCUACUCAUUAGUAGAUACAACUUGCUCAAGUAAAGACGUUCAAUCUUGUGAUGGCAGUUUUUACCUUUUCGUGCUGUAAAACUUUACAGAGUGCGUCGGGAAUCUCGAGAGCAAGACUACCGAGCUCUUUAUCGUUUUAAUAAAAUGAAUGUUGAGUGGGUUAGUGAUCAUUUUCUUGGGGAAAACUUUGAAAGGCGUGGUGGUGCGUUGCCCAAUUUGGACAGAAUGCGUACUUUUCUUCGAUAUGUUGGUGAUCCUGGGUUUCAGAGUGGUGUUGCCGAAGAUGUUGGUAUCGACAGAACUACAGUCACAAAAACCAUUUCAGAUGUAAUGGCAGCUAUAUUACUGAAGAAAAACGUAUGGAUAAAAUUUCCUUCUACAAGAGAAGAAAUGGAACAACAAAAAGCCAAUUGGCAAGAAAAAUACAGAUUUCCUUCAGCCAUUGGAGCUGUUGACUGCACUCAAAUACCUAUACGCAAGCCUUCUGACCAUGGCGAUGAAUAUAUAAAUAGAAAGAGGUUUCCAAGUAUAAAUGUGCAGGCAACUUAUAAUUUUGCUGAAGAGUUCACAAGCGUAGAUGCUUCUUGGCCAGGUUCAGUGCAUGAUGCACGAAUUUGGAGAAAUUCAGAUAUUUACAGAAUUAUGGAAUUCAAUCAAGCUAAUGCACUUCUAAUUGGAGAUUCAGGUUACGGGAUAGCUCCCUGGCUUAUGACGCCCUAUGAAAACCCAAUAACUGCUAGAGAAAGGGCAUACAAUCCGUGUUUGGCCCAAGAAAGAGUAAUAAUUGAACGUUGUUUUGGUCAGUUGAAACAACGUUUCCCAAUUAUGCAAAACAAAAUUAGGAUUAAAACUGAAAAUGUUCCGUCGAUGGUUGUUUGUUGCUUUAUUCUUCAUAAUGUAGCAAAAAGACUAAGUGAUGAAGACUUUGACUUUAACAUUGAGGAAAGGCAAAACAGUGAAGUUGGCAAUGUAGAGAAUCGUAACGAAAGAGACAUCCGCAAUAGAGGACAACAGAGAAGAACCGAAAUUGCUCGGCUGAUACAUGGAGCUUAA